CAUAAAUCACAUUCACAUAUAAGUCUCUCUUCAUUCAGUUUUUUAUAACCACAAGCAAUCUCUCUUUCUCUCUCGCUCUCUCUCUAAUGGAGACCUACCCACCGAUGUUUCUCUCAUCUUCAUCAUCUCCUCCUUUCAUGGCCAUGAACAUGAUCAAUUCUCAUCAUCAUCAUCAAGCAACUAACAAAGUUGUUGAUGAUGAACUUGCCGGCGGUGGGUUCCUCGGACUGAUGCCGAGCAUGGAAGCUCAAGGUGCGCUGUCUUCGUCGAACAAUACUAGCAGCGCCGAGGGAGCGAGUACUGGUCACAAUGAUUUCCGGGACAAGGGCUUGGCGUUCGAAGCAGGGUCGGAAGUUGGUGAACCGAAGGCUGCUGGGAGGAGGAAGGGAGAUCAUCAUCAGGGGUACGGGAAGGCUGCGUCGAAGGGGAAGGUGAGGAAGCCCCGGUAUGCAUUCCAGACGAGGAGCCAUGUCGAUAUUCUCGAUGAUGGGUACCGCUGGAGGAAGUACGGACAGAAGGCGGUCAAAAACAACAAAUUCCCUAGGAGCUACUAUCGCUGCACCUUUCAGGGAUGCAAUGUCAAGAAGCAAGUCCAGAGACUGACGAAAGACGAAGGAGUUGUAGUCACAACUUACGAAGGAAGUCAUUCGCAUCCAAUUGAGAAGUCGACCGACAAUUUCGAGCAUAUAUUGAGCCAGUUCCAAAUCUACACCUCCAUUUAAGAGAACUAUGGAGAGAUUAGUGCCUAAUAGAAGUCCAAAGAGAGGAAGGCUCCAUCAAUAUGUUUUGUACAUAUAUAUAUCCACACACAUAUAUAUAUGUCACGUACUUUAAUAUGAUCAGAAACUUAAUGAUGAAACUAAAUCUAGGGUCCAUGAAGUUCGUUUGAACGAGAUCAAUGAAUUUGUUUUUUGUUGUUUUAUUUUUAAAAUUAGAUAUUAUAGCCACCAAUUCCAAGUUAUGCAAACGAUUUUCUUACU